AUGAGCAGAAAGCGGCAGCUAACGAUGGAGGAGGCGUUUGGUGCUGGUGGUACCAUCAGAAGGUCGGUGGGUGAUGGCCAUGAGGAAGGUGGAGGUGAUCUGCCUCGGCCUUCAGUUGGCAAAAAGCCUGAGGCUACGGCUAAAGCUAAGUCUAAACAUCUGGCCGUUGGCGGGAGUCCUUGCCGCGCACGUCGCUCCAGAGCCGCCGCACGCAGUUCCAGUGGUCCACGUCGGUCCAGAGAAAGUUCCUCGUCGGAUACAGGCUCUUCAGAGCUAUGGGAACCUGAAGCUGACCCAAACAGCAGUGACUCAUCCCCCGAUUCCCCCAGAGCAACCGGCAGAGCAGUAAGCAGAGUGCUGGGCCAAUCCAGGAGUACUAAUGCUGGUAAAAGGAGGCCUACAGGCGCUACAUUGAGCAGAGGCGCUGCCAGCGUGAGUGCUGCAAAUACAGGUGUGAAGAAAAGAGUUGCAAAGGGUAAAGGCGGCACCUGGCGGAAAUCCGGAUGGAAACCCACUGUGUUCCCCUUCACUGCAACGCCUGGUCCCCUGAACGCGGCAGCAGAGCUGGAGUCCACCUCGCCUGCUGACUUCCUGGAGCUGAUGGCGCAACAGGCAGUCACCUCGACUGCAAAGAUCGUGCCCGUGCAUGGUGCCGGUUGA